CCAGGCAGUGAAAGUUAGAGAGAGAAAGUAGAAAGAGAAGACAGUUGGGAAUUGGGAGCCACGAAUUUCCUACAAAAGGGCAGAGUUUGAGAGAAGCAGUUUCUAGAGAGAGAGAGACCGCGCGAAAUCGAAGGAAACGAAUUUACUGGUCGUCUUGAAGAAUGUCACUUCCACAAACUGAGCGACACGAAGACGACAAAGAACAAACACAGGAACAACAAAAUCGGUUCCCAUUGGCAUUCACUUCAACGCCAUCGAUUCUUCUCUUCGUUUCCCUUCAUUUUUUCUCGGGAAAAUGGCAUUUUCCCGCAUUUUCUGCCACCGUCCAUGAUGGGGUCGCAGUGGAGAUCAUGCAAAGUUUAAUUUUUUUUUUUUAUCCGGUUUGGUUCCAGAUUCAUCAAAAUUUUGGGCAGAAAGGUUAUUUUCAGCUAGGGAGGUGAAUGGAGAAAAUUCUGAAAGGGAAAUUCAUGCGCUCAGAGAUUUGAAUACGUGGGCUUUGGAUUAAAGCUUAAAAUGGGCACUGCAGUGAACAUUAUUGUAGGUUCUCAAGUCUGGGUUGAAGACCCAGAAGCAGCUUGGAUUGAUGGAUUGGUAACAAAAAUCAAUGGAGCAGAAGCUGAAAUAGAGCUUACUAAGGGAAAGAAGGUUGUUGUGAAUUUAUUGAAAAUAUAUCCAAAGGAUACGGAAGCUCCUGCUGGUGGAGUUGAUGACAUGACAAAGCUAUCUUAUUUGCAUGAACCUGGAGUUUUACAAAACUUGAAAUCUAGAUAUGAGCUCAAUGAGAUAUAUACUUAUACUGGAAACAUACUUAUCGCAAUUAAUCCUUUCCAAAGAUUGCCUCAUAUUUAUGAUGCUCACAUGAUGCAACAAUACAAGGGGGCACCUUUUGGAGAACUAAGUCCUCAUGUUUUUGCAGUUGCUGAUGUUGCAUACAGGGCAAUGAUCAAUGAAGGAAAAAGCAAUUCAAUUCUAGUCAGUGGUGAAAGUGGAGCAGGUAAAACUGAGACAACCAAAAUGCUUAUGCGGUACCUUGCCUUUCUGGGUGGUCGGGUGGCUACCGAAGGACGCACAGUUGAACAACAAGUUCUUGAAUCAAAUCCAGUUCUUGAAGCAUUUGGCAAUGCUAAAACUGUUAGAAAUAAUAAUUCCAGCCGCUUUGGUAAAUUUGUUGAGAUCCAGUUUGAUAAGCAAGGAAGAAUAUCUGGAGCGGCCAUCAGAACUUAUCUUCUAGAGAGAUCUCGUGUGUGCCAAAUUUCUGAUCCUGAACGCAAUUACCACUGCUUCUACCUGCUUUGUGCAGCACCACAGGAGGAAAUUGAGAAAUACAAGCUAGGAAACCCCAAAUCAUUUCACUAUCUGAACCAGUCAAAUUGCUAUGAACUGGUUGGUGUGAGUGAUGCCCACGACUAUCUUGCCACUAGGAGAGCUAUGGAUAUUGUUGGAAUAAGUGAAAAGGAACAGGAAGCAAUCUUCAGAGUUGUUGCUUCAAUUCUCCAUAUCGGCAACAUUGAAUUUACUAAGGGAAAGGAAGUUGAUUCUUCAGUUCCAAAAGAUGACAAGGCAAAAUUCCAUCUUAAAAUGACAGCAGAGCUUCUAAUGUGUGACCCUCUGGCCUUGGAAGAUGCAUUAUGUAAACGUGUCAUGAUCACCCCCGAAGAAGUUAUAAAGCGAAGUCUUGAUCCUCUUGCUGCAACAGUUAGCAGGGAUGGUUUUGCUAAGACAAUAUAUUCUCGAUUGUUUGACUGGUUGGUGGAUAAAAUUAAUGUCUCAAUUGGACAAGAUCCUAAUUCAAAAUCUCUUAUUGGGGUCCUUGACAUCUAUGGUUUUGAAAGCUUUAAGACUAACAGUUUUGAGCAAUUCUGCAUUAAUUUCACAAAUGAGAAGCUGCAGCAACAUUUUAACCAGCAUGUCUUCAAGAUGGAACAAGAAGAAUAUACAAAAGAAGAAAUUGAUUGGAGCUACAUUGAAUUUGUUGAUAAUCAAGAUGUCUUGGAUCUCAUUGAAAAGAAACCCGGUGGAAUCGUUGCUCUCCUAGAUGAAGCUUGCAUGUUUCCAAAAUCAACACAUGAAACAUUCUCACAGAAGCUUUAUCAGACAUUUAAAGUUCACAAGCGCUUUAUCAAGCCAAAACUAUCUCGCACAGAUUUCACUAUUUCUCAUUAUGCUGGGGAGGUCCUAUAUCAAUCUGACCAAUUUUUAGACAAAAACAAAGACUAUGUGGUUCCAGAACAUCAAGACUUGUUGGGUUCUUCUAAAUGUACUUUUGUAGCAGGCCUUUUCCCUCCACUCCCUGAAGAGUCAGCCAAAUCUUCUAAGUUCUCUUCAAUUGGUUCUCGUUUUAAGCUACAACUACAGCAAUUGAUGGACACAUUAAACUCCACAGAACCUCACUACAUCAGAUGUGUAAAGCCAAACAACCUUCUAAAACCUGCCAUAUUUGAGAAUGUCAAUAUCAUGCAACAACUACGUUGUGGUGGUGUUUUAGAGGCCAUCAGAAUCAGUUGUGCUGGGUAUCCUACACGCCGUCCUUUUUUUGAAUUCCUAAAUCGAUUUGGAAUUCUUGCUCAAGAAGUUUUAGAAGGGAACUAUGAUGAAAAGGUUGCAUGCAGAAAGAUUCUGGAGAAAAAGGGGCUUAAGGGGUUUCAGAUAGGUAAGACAAAGGUUUUCUUACGCGCUGGUCAGAUGGCUGAAUUAGAUGCACGAAGAGCAGAGGUACUUAGUAAUGCGGCAAAGGCUAUCCAAAGGCGUAUACGGACUUAUCAUGCUCGCAAACGUUUUAUUGCAUUGCGAAAGGCUACCAUUCAUGUGCAAUCUUUAUGGAGAGGAAUGCUGGCUUGCAAACUUUAUGAGAGCAUGAGAAGAGAGGCUGCUGCUGUGAAAAUUCAGAAGAACAUGCGUAGACAUGAAGCCAGAAAAACCUUUAACAAGCUCCGAGUCUCAGUGCUUGUCUUGCAGACAGGCUUAAGAGCAAUGGCUGCUCAUAGAGAAUUCAGAUUUAGGAAGCAAACUAAAGCAGCAAUUGUUAUUCAGGCCCGGUGGCGCUGUCAUAGAGCUUUCUCAUUCUACAAGAAGCUCAAGAGAGGAGCAAUAGUUUCACAAUGCAGAUGGAGGGGAAGAGUAGCCAAGAAAGAGCUCAGGAAGCUGAAAAUGGCUGCAAGAGAAACAGGUGCACUUAAAGAAGCGAAGGACAAGCUCGAAAAAACAGUGGAGGAUUUAACAUGGCGUCUACAGUUGGAAAAGCGUUUAAGGACUGACUUAGAAGAAGCAAAAGCACAGGAGAUAGCAAAAUUGCAGAAUUCUUUGCAAGCUAUGCAAACCAAAGUUGAUGAAACAAAUGCAUUACUUGUCAAGGAACGAGAGGCUGCAAGAAAGGCUAUUGAAGAGGCACCACCUGUUAUUAAAGAAACCCCAGUUAUUGUUGAAGAUACCAAAAAAGUUGAGUCUCUAACAGCAGAAGUGGAGAGCUUCAAGGCCUUGUUGCAGUCAGAAAAAGAAAGAGCUGACAAUUCUGAGAAGAAAUAUACUGAAGCCCAAGAAUCUAGUGAAGAAAGACAUAAAAAAUUAGAAGAAACAGAAAAAAAGGUUCAGCAACUCCAGGAAUCAUUGAGCAGGCUAGAGGAGAAGCUUACUAAUUUAGAAUCAGAAAAUCAAGUUCUCCGUCAACAGGCUGUGUCCAUGGCACCCAAUAAGUUUCUUUCAGGACGCUCCAAAUCAAUUGUUCAGAGGAGUUCUGAAGGUGGUCAUGUUGCAGGGGAUGCAAGGACUUCUUUGGAUCUGCAUAGCCCUUCACUAAACCAAAGGGAGUUUUCUGAAGUCGAGGAGAAACCACAAAAAUCACUCAAUGAGAAGCAGCAGGAGAAUCAGGAACUGCUCAUUCGAUGCAUUGCACAACACUUAGGCUUUGCAGGAAGUAGACCAAUUGCUGCCUGUAUCAUAUACAAAUGCCUCCUGCAAUGGAGAUCAUUUGAAGUUGAACGGACUAGUGUUUUUGACCGGAUUAUCCAGACAAUAGGCCAGGCUAUUGAGACCCAGGAUAACAAUGACAUUUUGGCCUACUGGUUAUCCAAUGCCUCAACUCUUCUGUUACUACUCCAGCGCACAUUGAAAGCAAGUGGUGCAGCUGGAAUGGCUCCACAGCGCCGUCGAUCAUCAUCAGCUACAUUGUUUGGAAGGAUGACACAGAGUUUUCGCGGAGCUCCACAAGGAGUUAAUCUUUCCUUCACAAAUGGUGGUCUAACUGGUGGAGUGGAAACUUUACGCCAAGUUGAAGCCAAAUACCCAGCGCUGCUUUUCAAACAGCAGCUUACAGCAUAUGUAGAAAAAAUUUAUGGAAUGAUUCGAGAUAAUCUGAAGAAAGAGAUUUCUCCUUUACUGGGGUUGUGCAUCCAGGCACCAAGAAUAUCAAGAGCAAGCUUAGUUAAGGGACCGUCACGUUCUGUUGCAAACACUGCAGCUCAACAAGCUUUGAUUGCUCAUUGGCAAGGGAUUGUGAAGAGCCUUGGAAAUUUCUUGAAUACUUUGAAAGCAAAUCAUGUACCCCCAUUUUUAGUUCGUAAGGUGUUCACACAAAUAUUUUCUUUCAUCAAUGUCCAAUUAUUCAACAGCCUUCUAUUACGACGAGAGUGCUGUUCAUUUAGUAAUGGUGAAUAUGUUAAAGCAGGACUGGCUGAACUGGAACAUUGGUGUUACAAGGCAACCGAUGAGUAUGCAGGUUCAGCUUGGGAUGAGCUCAAGCAUAUCAGGCAGGCUAUUGGGUUUCUGGUCAUACAUCAAAAGCCAAAGAAAACCCUUGAUGAAAUAAGCCAUGACCUAUGCCCGGUGCUCAGUAUACAGCAGCUGUAUCGGAUCAGUACAAUGUACUGGGAUGACAAGUAUGGCACGCAUAGUGUGUCCCCAGAUGUUAUAUCCAACAUGAGGGUGUUAAUGACUGAAGAUUCGAACAAUGCAGUCAGCAAUUCUUUCCUGUUGGAUGAUGAUUCAAGCAUUCCAUUUUCAGUUGAUGAUAUAUCAAAGUCUAUGGAACAAAUAGACAUAUCUGACAUUGAACCACCACCACUUAUUCGUGAGAAUUCUGGCUUUAGUUUCUUGUUGCCGCGUGCUGAUUAAUCACUUUCUCUCAUUCCAUGAGGCUGGACGGCUUCUCUUUCAGCAUCUAACUCUGAUGAUUAUCAAUUUUUGUAGAUUUACUUCACAACCUCUUUAAUUGUGGAUUGUCUUAAUGGGGUUGAUCAUUGUUAAUUUUGAUUCACAUCAGAAACUUUUUUCCAUUGAGAUUGAAAUUCCCUUGCUCCCUACCCAAUGUAACAUUGAAUUUUCCUUUGUGUUAUACAACUAGUUAUUUUUCCC